UUGCGUGGCUGCGCCCCGAGAGACAUUGGCGAGUGUGAGUGCGUGGAGUUUGCUCAGGCCCCGGGAUUUUUGUGUGUCCUGAAGCAACGCCCUCCCCUGGUUGCGCCGCCGCCGCCGCCACCACCGUCUAGCUUGUGCUGCGUCCCUUUUGCUGCGACUCCUCCUAAAGGCCGGCUCAGCUGCUGUGGGCGAGCGGAGCAGCGUGCCCUUCCUCCCCUCCCCCGGCUUCAUAGUAGGGAGGGCCAGUCCUCGCUGCACUGUGUAGUACGGGCUGGGUGGUUGCCGGAGGGGUGAAUGAAGCGAGGAGGAGGCGGAGGAGGAGAGGAGGCGGAGGCGGUGCUGGGACUGGGAUGUGCCCGGCAGCGGCGGCGGCAGCAGCAGCAGCAGCAGCAGGAACGGCAGCAGCUCCCCCUCCACUAUGCUCCUGCAUUCAGGGCCCAGGUCGGCUGGCGACUCCACCGGGCACUUCAGCAAGGAGUCAGUGAGUGAGUGAAGGCCGGUGCUGGGCACCAGGACAGGAGCAGAAAACCAUAGCAUGGUGUUGGAUAAAUAAAGACUCUGAGGAUUUUUACAUCAAAGAAAGUAGGGAAAGGCCUUUGUACUUAAGAGUUUUUAUUUGGAUAAUCUGAACAGAAAGGUGAAGAUGGCAAACAACGUGAUUGGACAGAGAAUUAAUUGUCCUGGAUUUGGAACAAUAUUCUGUUGCUGCCUUUAUCUUAAAAAAACGACAACCCUUGAUCCUCUUUGCAAAACACACUGUACCUGUUGCCCUCCCCCGCCCUACCAGCUGUACCAGCCAACUUCUGCAGCAUCCUGGAGCACAAUGAAAGAGUAUUAAUGCACAGACUUCAGAAAAAAGUGCUGCAGCAAUUGGUGCAAGGCGGGGGUGGAAAAAAAAAAGAGGUCUUACAUUUGCACCUCGGAACACUCCAAUCAUUUGAAGUCAGAAGAACAGGUGCUGUAUAUUUGAAAGCCAAGUAGUAAACUCUAAAGAAGAUUAUUCAGACUGACAUGAGAGCACCACUGAGGGCCUGUGUGCAUUCCAAGAACAUCUGCAGAUUAUCCAAGGUGAAGAAUAAUCGGGAACUCCCAAAAGAAGACAGUGAAUGUUAGCAGCUUGUGGAGGAUUGUACUUUCAAGGAGAUGAUUCCUCAUGAAGUCUCUGGAUCCCCUUCAGAAAUCAAAUGUGACUUUCCGCUUAGCAGACUGAAAUCAGAGCCAGCCAGGCAGUGAAACCACAGAAGUGGAGGGCAGGGGCCAGUGAAAAAUGAAAUCCAACCAGGAGAGAAGCAAUGAAAGCCUGCCACCCAAAAAGCGAGAGAUCCCUGCUACUAGCCUGCCUUCUGAGGUGAAGCCGUUAGUUCUGGCCACUGACAACCACCGUGCAGAUAACUUAACAUGGCUCUCGAGUACAACCAGCAGCCAGAGCAGCUUGAGUGGGCGGAACAGGCCUGGAGGGACUUUGGUGGAGGCUGGCUCACAACAGGGAAUAGGUUUACACAAAUCACUUUCUACAGGAAUAGAUUAUUCCCCACCUAGUGCUCCAAGGUCUGUUCCAGCCACCACCACACUUCCUACAGUGUACUCACCGGCAUUCUCGCAGGCAGGGACACCUGUAUCCCCAGUGCAGUACACGCACCUGCAGCACACUUUCCAGUUCGUUGGGCCCCAGUAUAGUGGACCAUACGCCGGAUUCAUCCCCUCCCCACUGAUUUCCCCAACAGCCAAUUCUGCAACUGGCACAGCAGCAUCUGCCACUUCUGUUGCAACCACUCCAUCCCAGCGUUCACAGCUGGAGGCUUAUUCCACUUUGCUGGCCAGCAUGAGCAACAUAAGCCAGCAAGGGCACAAAGUUGAGCAGCAUCUCGUCAGGACACCUGGACUGAUCACAGCAGGAUCUCCUCCACCAUCCCAGCAAAACCAGUAUGUCCACAUUUCCAGCUCUCCUCAGAGUGCUGUAAGAAAUGUCUCUCCUCCGGCCAUUCCAGUCCAUUUGCACCCUCACCAUACCUUCACUCUUGGUCCCUCCUCCCAGGUGGUGGUGCAAUAUACGGAUUCUGGAGGCCAUUUUGUCACCAGGGAGUCCACCAAGAAAUCUGAGAGCAGCAGGCUGCAGGCUAUGCAAACAAAAGAAAUGCUGAAUGGGGAGAUAGAAAAGAGUCGGCGGUAUGGCAUCUCACCAUCCUCAGACAUGAGUCUAGUCAAAUCAGGCAAUAAACCAUCUCCUCAUCAUUAUGAGGCCAGACACGUGGUGGUCCACUCGAGUCCUGCUGAUUACAUUGCACGGGAUUCCUCCGGUGUCCGGUCCUCUGUUAUGGUCGUCCCGAACAGCAGCACACCUACUGCAGAUAUGGAGGUCCAGCAGGCCACCAACAGAGAAACACCUCCUUCAGCCCUCAGUGAAAAGGGAAACCUGCAUUUAGGAAAACCAGCCCACCGAUCCUAUGCGUUAUCUCCACAACAGACUAUGGGCCACGAAGGGGUGAAAACAGUUGCCACUUUGUCCCCUCACACUGUCAUUCAGACCACCCACAGCGCCUCAGAGCAGCUCCCUGUUGGGUUGCCUGCUGCGGCCUUCUACACUGGGACUCAGCCACCGGUAAUUGGCUAUCUGAGCAGUCAACAGCAAGCAUUUGGCUAUCCUGGAAGUCUAUCACAGCACCUGGUGAUCCCUGGCACUCAACCCCUAUUAAUACCUGUUGGCAGUGCGGACAUCGACUCAUCAGGGGUACCACCUGCUAUAGCCACAUCAUCUCCCCAGUUGGCAGCAGUGCCUCAUACGUUUGUCACAACCGCCAUUCCGAAGAGUGAGAAUUUCAGUGCUGAAUCACUAGGAAGUCAGCCAGCUUACCCGGCAGCAGUGGUGCAGGCCCAGAUCCACCUCCCCCUGGUCCAGUCCAUACCUUCUUCAGCAGCAGCUCCUCCUACACUGCCUCCUUACUUCAUGAAAGGGUCAAUUAUUCAAUUGGCCAAUGGAGAGUUGAAGAAGGUAGAAGAUUUAAAAACAGAAGACUUUAUACAGAGUGCAGAAAUCAGCAGCGACCUGAAAAUAGACUCCAGCACCGUGGAAAGGAUUGACGACAGCCAUAACCCAGGCAUUGCUAUGAUACAGUUUGCAGUUGGAGAGCACCGAGCACAGGUCAGUGUCGAAGUCUUGGUAGAAUAUCCCUUUUUUGUAUUUGGACAAGGUUGGUCAUCCUGCUGCCCUGAGAGAACAAACCAGCUCUUUGAUUUGCCAUGUUCCAAACUCUCAGUUGGGGAUGUCUGCAUAUCACUUACACUCAAGAAUCUGAAGAAUGGCUCAAUUAAAAAGGGCCAGCCCAUGGAUUCAGCUAGCAUCUUGCUGAAGCACUCUAAGAAUGACAGUCUAACUGGUAGUAGACAUAGAUAUGCAGAGCAGGAGAAUGGGAUUGAUCAGGGAAGCGCAAAGACGUCAUCUGAGAAUGGUGAACUGAAGUUUCCAGACAAAAUAGGAUUGCCUGCAACAUCUCUGCUCACCAAAACAGAACCCAGCAAGCCCACGGCAACUAGGAAGAGGAGGUGGUCAGCCCCUGAAACGCGGAAACUAGAGAAGUCAGAAGAGGAGCCACCGUUGACUCUUCCCAAACCUUCAUUUAUUCCUCAGGAGGUUAAGAUUUGCAUUGAAGGGCGAUCUAAUGUAGGCAAGUGAAGUCUGUUUAGGGAAAGGAAAUUAGGCUAUCCCUUGUCAUUUUUAUCCAGAUUACUGUACUGUAGGCUAAAAUAACCCAGUAUUUACAUGUUAUCGUCUUAUUUUAGGUUUAUGUUAUAACCUUGUUGUUAUAGUUGCAGCUGAUAUUAUGCAGGAGACUGGUGCAUACUCCCCACCCACCCACCCACACAAGUGUUUGUCAGUGAUUAUUUUUAUUGAGAGCUCUAGAAAGGGGCAGUAUCUGCUUCAUCCCCAUCCUUCAUGGAAGCAAAUGUUGUUGUCAUAGCUCCUAUUUUCCAGCACUUCAAGCAGAACAAGCCUCCACUGUCUCUAGCAAGGUGAUGGGAAGGGAACGGUAGAGACAAACACUAUUGCCUGGAUGAGGGAGCAGGAUGAGACGAGGAGCUCCAUACCUAUGUGCUUUGGGGGGUCUCUUGAUUAGCAGCUGCUGGGAGUCCAACCCAGAGACAGUGACUGAGAAGCAAACAGUCUCUGAGGCUUUGCAGAAUCAUGCCACCUUUGAUUUCCUGGUUUGCCACAUAUUGUUCCACUUCCCCCCCCCCCUCUACAAUGGGGAUCUAACUGCACUAUUAAAAAAAAUAUAUUCUCAGAGACUGCCACACAGAUAUUUCCUUUCCACUGGCUAGUGCAAUUACAUAGCAAGGGUGUAGCAGCUGUUUGUUGCUUUGCUGACACUGGCGAUUUCUUUUAAAGUAGGACAUUGUUGCCAUAGGCCUAGCAAGCUUCAUACUGGGGGGAGCCUUCCCUACCCCGAAUGCACUCUUUGUUUCUUCUGUACAGCGUUAGAGUACUGAGUUUUGCCACUGACAUUUGCUUCCACGAGGUAGAGAUACACUGCCCCUUUGGGAGAGUGAACAUAAAGUCAUUUGUAUUUAGGUUGCAAAUCUUUGUCUUUAACUCUAGUACUGUUUCUAGUUCCUGACUAUGGACAACUAGUGCCACUUUUUUUUUUUUUCAAAUUUCAGUGUGACACAAGAAAGUGGAUGUUGAAGAUGAACAUAGAAUGUCUUUCAGCACUUAAAAUGCUGUUCACACGUUUGUUGCCGAGCAUCCUGGCCUCACACUCAGCAAGUACUGUAUCUCACUUUAAUCUCUUUGAUGAGAGAAAAACAACACAAAAAAAGAAAAGACAGAAAAUUAAUCUCUUCAACACUGUUAACUACAUGCAAACCAUGUAGAGUUUUUCACAAGCAAGAUGUUGAACGUUUUUCAUGUGGUUUCAAAGGGAUGAAUGUGAAUUAUGAACUGGUAUGUGACAGUCAUUGUCCAUAAGGACUACUUAAUAGGAGGCACUUUUAAAACUUUAAUGCUUGAGAAAGAGUUAAAGGCAUAUGUGAGCUGACAGAUAAUAAACGAAUAAGAGAGAGGAUAAAGAGAAGAGAAGAAAAAGAAUCAUUAUUGUCCAGUGUUUUUGAAAAAGAUGGACUUUAAAGAAUCUUGCAAUUUGCACAUCUUGAGUUUAUCAUUUGUGUGGUAUUCCUGCAGUUUUUACCUAAUAAUUUUUGGGGACGGGAGAGGGACUGAAAAAGCUUAUACAAAUGUAGCAAUUACUAACCUGCCUAAACACUAGGCAAUUUGUAUAGGGUUAGGUUUCCUUUCAACCUUUUAAUUUUCUUUCUACCAUAUCUGUCACCCUGACCCAGGACAGAUUCUGAGAAUUUAUCUUCAGAUUCUCUGAGUUUUCCAUAAGAGACAUUUUGACACAGAAGCAAUUUUUUUUUUAAAUCCAUGGUGGUUUUAUUAUUGUGAAUAUUACUCUAUGUUACUUUGAAGAAUUUCUUUUCCAGUAGUAGUACAAUCUAGAUGUCAAAGUUUGGUACAAAACAGGACAAUGGGUAGAAGGUUUACCCAGUUGAGCUCUUUUUGUUAUUGUUGCUGUUAUUACUGUUCCCAGAAAUCUGAAACAAAUUUAAAAUUGGAUCUAGAGAUCCUAACUCCUGCUGCUUCUGUGGCUUCCAUCUUGAAACCAUUUGUUCCCAGCAAGUAGCCACCUUAAAUUCCUCGUGACUACUUACAGAUGAGGGGUUUAGGGAUAUCAGCCUGUGAAAUAUUCACAUUAAUCAAUACCUAGCUUUAAGCCCAGUUAAUAGAAAUAAUGCAUUGAUUCCUGAGACUUUUAGAUUAGAACCUCCUGAUGAACUACAAUGGGCAUUUUCACACCUGAGGCUUAAUUUGGGUUCUCCUUGAAUUGGUCUGUAAUGUGAAUCUAGAAUCCAUAGCAUGGUCUAUCCCAUGUUAACAAUGUUCACAUAUGGUACAAAUAGUGCAAGAGAAGCUCAAAGAUGCUUUUAGUGUCGUGUGUGAAAAUGGCGUAAGGCUUGUUAACCACAGCGCUUGCUCCAGCUUCUCAGGGUUGGGUAGGCAUGGAUUAUCUUCUCUCACAUGCAGUUAUUUUUUGGUGCAAUCCAAACCCUGGGCAAGUAAGGCAGAGGGUGCUGGGGGUCAGCCAGCUGGGGCACUGGCUGAGGCCCCAGGGCUAUCAAAGGACCCAUGGCCCUGAUGACAAAAGAUGGUGGCUGCCAGUGCACGUGCUAGGAAGCACUCCCAAGUUGCUACCACUACCCAAGGUAGGUCUGCCCCAGGCCCUUGUGGAAGCAGUGGCAGUAGCUCAGGGCAACAUUUGGAAGCUGUGCCCUUAGCUGCCAUCUUCUUUUCCCUCUAGUGCAGUGCACCCCCUCCUGUUACUGUGUUCAAUGACACAAUGACAGGGACGAAGGCAUUGCAUUCUAAGUGGCAGGGUGGGGGGGGGGGAUCUGGUAGUCACUAGUGCAGUUGUGUCCACCCACUGCCACACCAGAUGCCCUGCAAAGGCACCUGGCUGAGAUUGCCCAAGAACCUGGCACUGGAGGGCAGGGCACAUGGCCUGUGUAACCAGAGGGGACUUCCCAUGAUUUCUUUUCCAUGAUCAUUCCACUUGCCUUAGCAGAGCCACUGUCCACAAAGUGGCCUUGUCCAGGGAAUGAAUGAAGCCAAAAUGGACACCUUCACACAUCCCUGCUACUAGGGGUGAAGGACAAGCUGCUAUUGUGCAAGCGACCUUAGUCUUGGUUCAACUAGUGUUCAACUGAGAGACUUUUAUGGAAUAGGAGUUCAUCGCUCUUGAUCAAGACUUUGACCCUGAAUGUGGUUCUGUUGGUUGCAUUGGCACUCUGAAUGUGAGGCCUUUUCAGAUCAAGGAUCUGAAUUCCGAAAAGGACCUAAAAUGGACAAAUUCCUCCAAAGGUUCAUUCUUCCCUCCACUUGUCUAUACAAUACUUUAAAAAUAAUAAUAAUAACUCCCACCUCUACAUUUACCCCCUCAUCAACUUUUAUGUCUCUUUGUUACUUGAACCUUAGCUCACACCAGAACUAAUCAUUUUUGUACCAUUUUCUGGGGUGCACCAAAAACAUUUUAAGUUUUAAAAUAGCUUGAAUCUGUCUUGAAUUUUUAUUAUAACCUCUCAGUAAUUUACCAAAUAGCUGAGCAGGUUCCUCCUCAUAAUCACACUGCUUUUUUAGUGCUGUAAUCCCCCCGCCCCAACACUUCUGCUCGGAGAACUUGCUUAAUCUUCCAUAAACUCUGCUCAGGGCACUUUCAAUUUAUUGUUUAUUGGAGUUUUGUUUUGGCUUUUUGUUUUGUUUUUGAUUUAACCUCUGAUGGCAAGAGGAAUAGAAAGUUGUGGGGCAGAAUGACCUGUUUCAUUCUCAUUAGUACCACUAUUCUCAUCAUACACACGUGUACUCAGAGAGCAUCACACAUAUAAGGAAGCAGGGAUGAUGAAACUGACUGCAUCUAUAGAACUAACACUAACAUGUUCAAUAAUAAUUAAUAAAUAAAUAAAUAAAUAAUAAAAAGGUUGGAGCAAUAGGAAUGUAUUUGUUCCCUGCUUGCAUUGCAGAUUUAGCCUCCGGCAAUUGUUUCCUUCUAAGCAUUUUUCUUUUUUGUUUUGUGUUUGCUUUUUUAGCAUGUGCAAUAUUUUAUGUGCCAACGUAGACUAACCUACAUGGUGAAAGCUAGACUCUCCCCCACCGCAAUCACCACCUUUGUUUAUUUUAUCUAGGGCCUUGUGUCCCCCUUGUUCCAUGGAAGGGACAAAAUCUCUCUUGAUGCCGACAGGGUGUGGCAGACAUGGAGCAAGGGCUCUUGGGAGCUCUUCUUCUACCCCGCCUGGCCUCUACAGUUGAAUAACAAAAAGCAGAAAGCAGACCUCCCAAAAUUCAGGCAGAGCAAAAGAAAUAAUAUUAGCUCCAGGGAUUUUAAAGAUGGAGAAGUUUGGUCGGGGGGAGAGAGAUUCUGUGAAUAUGAGUGAUCGAUGUCAUUCAUGCACACUCUUACCUAAGUGCAAGCAGUCUUAUGCUACAUUACUGGUGUCAUAGUCUCUCUUUCUUAUGCCUGUAUCUGUUACUGAAUCCCACCCUGUGCUGAAAUGAUGAGUAAAAUUCAGCCUCCUGUGUCUCUUAAACACCUAUGAUUUAUCCUUUCCAGAGAGUUGAAUGUUCCCUCUGUGAAAGAAAAGCUCACUUUAAGUUGUGGCCACUUUCUGUUGGGUGAAUACUUUGCUGAUGCUCUUGGAGCAUCCGAGUUAUGCACUUACUGCCAAUUUGCAGUUCAGUUCUGUGACCCUUUUAUCCCCCACUUUCCCCAUUUCCCUCAAUGGCUCAAGGUGAAUUCUGGACAUGUUGAUGUCCACAGUGGGAGGUGGGUCCUUUGUCCUCAUCAUCAACUGGAUUAGGAUUCAAGUCUUGGGCUCCUAAGUGCCUUAGUUUCUUUUGGAAAAGGCACCUAAUUUCACCUGAAAUGUUUUGACCCCAUUCAUAUUCCUGGAACUGCUCCUGUAAACUCUGGUUCACAGAAUCACUCCCUUCCCACUUCUUUCUCAUGGACUAAAUAGCAAUUGACGGACAUUGAGAAUAUGUUUAGAAUAAUUUCAUUGUAAGAGGCCUCUGCAUAGUGUCUACAUGGCAAUAUUAACUGACACCAGUCUUUUCCACCCCACCCCCCUGCCUUUGUUUUUGUACCAGACUUGUUUAGUUUACAAUGAAACUCAUACAAUCACCAAUAAAAUUAGUCAGGGCAAAGAAAAAGAAAAAACCAGAACCUCUUUAUAGGAAUUUCUAAAUAAAUAUAUCUAUAUCUAUAUCUAUAUCUCUAUAUCUAUAUAUAAAUGACUGUUCCUUAUAGUGUUUAACUUAGGCAUCAUUUCAGUUUGUCUGGGCCACAUCAUGGGGGUUUCGGAGCGUGAUGUCACUUACCUUGUAUCCUGUAAGUUAAACCUGGACUGUUUAAUGUUGUUUUUUAAUUCCCAUCCAUCAGUCUUUUUUCUCUCCCAUCCCUUUCCCCCUUUUUGGAAAAAUGCAUGUUUCCUAACUUCUUUAAAAUCAAGUCUGGUGUCACUGUUAAAUUGGGGGGGGGGGGGGUUUGAGCCAGGAAGUGACAUCACUACUCUUGUUUCCCUAAAUCAAGGAACAUUUAGAAACCUUUCACACCUCUUACUCAGGGAUGGGGCUGGCAUAUGUGUGGUACACUGAUGUGACCAGAAGGAGCACUUUUACUGCUCUGGAGUAGGGAUGUUCAAUUCCAAGGAGACGUUUGGAUUUCCUGCAGGGUCAUGGAUUAACUUCCCAAAUUUAUGAUAUAAAUUGCAAUACAAAAAAGCAGAUCCAGCGUGACCUGUAACUUUUGGUUGUGGUGACAUUUGCUCUGUGCACAGUGGCUUCUUUUAUUUUGAUACGUUGCCAAGCAAUGGAAAACAAAACAAAGUAAUGAUAUUGUUUUAGUAGGAAAUGGUGUUUCUUCUUAUUUUCAGAUGUGGGUUCCGAAACUUUAUUACUAUUUUUUUUUAAUGAUGCCAUAUACAGGCCACAGUGUUGCAAAGCCUUACACCUUUGGGGCUCAAUCCUGCAAGGGAGUAAUCAUGAUUCUCCUGAAAUAAUAGGGUCUAGCUGUGCUUAAAAAAUGUGUGCUUUGCUGGAUCAGAGCUUCACAUUGGGCAGCCCCUUCAAAAACUAUGGCAUGGGCCCAUUGAAGGCCUACUUGUGUGUGUUUCUCUUUGCAGCAUUGGGGCUAUAAUCACUUUGGGUGCUUUCAUGCAAUUGAUCUUUAAGGUGUUGCCACGCUUUGUAAAUUUGGUGUUGGGUGUCUGUGGCUUCUACCAUUUUCAUGGACGCAUCAGUUCUAAUGGCAACACUAAACAGCAUCAUGGUCAUUGGCACUUCAGAACACAUCAAGAAAAGUGCAGAUCUGGGGCAAUGUGGGUUUUAUCCAUAAAGACUCCGGUGGCUUUGAGAAUGCAACCAAGGCAGCAGUAAGAGUGCCAGGUUGCAAAGGAUAUGUGAAUGCGACUGAAAGUACAGCAAUUGCAGAAUGAAAGCAUCCUUAGGACCAUAUUCUAAACCUGAGUUACACAUUAGUGUCUGUCUGGAUUAACACUAUUGGCUUAGAGGCUUUGUUCCAUGGGUUGGAAUCCAAGUGUCCUUCCGCAUGUGGAGGUGUCUUCUGCUCACGGAAGGGCUGUUUUUAUUCAGCAGAAGCAUGUGAAUUGCUACAGAACAUACCUAUUAUAGUCCUGUGCAGACUCUUCCACGAACAUUGGUGUAAAUGUUUGUGGAACAGCACUAGUGGCCAUUUUUCUUCUGCUCUUUGGAUCCAACCCUUUAUUUUCCUCCAGAUAAAAAGAAAUUAGGCCCUUUUUGUGUCACAUCUCCUCUGAUCUGCAUUCUCUUUCCCCCAUCACCACAGAAUAACCGUGUUGUUCAGAUACUGCGGUGGUGUGAAAACAAAGGGAAAUAGUUCUGUUUGUCUGUUUUAAGCGGAAUGUGGCUAGUGCUUUGCUUUUGUGUGUGUUAUAUAACCCAAAAUUCCUGAAAAAUAAGAGAAAUAACGUGCCCCAAAUUGUGACUGUUGUCUAUGAGAGCACAGGAAUAUUCUGUUGAUUUCCUUUGUAGUUUCCAAGAGCAGUAUUGUGUUUGGUUUUUUGUUGUUGUUGAUAGGGAAAUUCCAAACAAGUUGCACACUUCUACUCCAGAGUUCAAUUUCUUUUACAUAGACGACCUCGCUUCAGACGUGUUACCUUACUGAUAGGAUCUUUACUUGUAGCACUAUAACUUGUGGGAAUAUUUUUUUAUGUGAACCUAAUUUGAUGAGAAGCUUAAAAAAAACUUUUUUGAAGCACUCACAUUGAGAGGAGUACAGGUAAUGUUUUUUAAAAAAUUGCACAAAAGAAACAUGAAUGUUAGAAUGAUUCAUUCAGUGUUUGAAAAGAGAUGGAUAUGUUGAAAUCGUGUGUUGUUUGUAAAAAUGAAAUAAAGUACAAAAGCCGAGAAAGGGUGAAAGUUACAUGUUUUUUGUAUAUAGAAAACUCGCACGUCUAGAUGAUCCGAUUGUAUUGGCUCUGGCUGGAAAGAAUAGCUGAUUAACAGGUUUUUCAAGGACAACCAUACUUAUUUUGUAUUCUUAUGACGUGAAAACCAUUGUUGGGCAGGGGAGAAUGAUUCACCUUUGACUACUGUUUAUCCCUGUUUAAUUAAGGUUCUGAUCUUGAUUGGGAUGUCUUUACACCUUCUCGGAAUGAUGCUCUACAUAUUCUGCACUUCCUGUUCUUUGAAAAAAAAAAUCCAAAGAAUUUAAUACUGAACAAGGAGUGUUUAUUAGAAGGGAUACUAGCAACAGUGACCAAUAAAGGAUAAGUAGCAAAAGAACAUUGUUUUGCAAUUCCACACCUCAUAAAACACAAAAACCUCUCAUUUAUGUGUUGAGGUGUAGAUUAUGUGUGGACAUAAUUUAUUUUAGAAGUAGUCCAGAGAGUUUGAAAAAGUGAUUUUUCAUCUGGUUUGGAAAUGUAUAUUUCUGGCACACCAAAAAUGAAGGGAACAAGAAAAAAAACAAAAAUCAGGCAACAAGACACCUUUAAGAUGAGGGUGGGAGUGGGGGUCUGGCUGACAUUUGAAUCCUUCUCCCUUGCAACCUGUAGAAAUAAUCCAAGUUUCAGUUCUGGGAUUUAAUAUGGAUGGGAUGUAAUUUCUGUGUUAAAAUGACCCUUCCAGAUGGAGAAAGAUGGCCUCUCAUACAAUAAAAUGAAGUGAAUUUGGUCAACGAGUAAUGUUUCUACGAUAGGGAUUGCAAGAACUCUGUUUUUCUCAUUGUUAUUGGAAAGGACAUGAGUCUUCCACUGAGAAUUUAUCAGAGGCUUCAUCCAAGGUUGUUUUUGUUUGUUUGUUCAUUUUCUUUUGCUUGAUUAAAGCUCUUGUUCCCUUUUCCUCAGCCAUACAAUAGGCAGCCAUUGGAGGUGUUAUCUGCAAUACGUAACUGAUUGGUGCUGGAACUGCUGUAUGAUGAUAAUAUUGCAAGUCAGCUCUGUUGAGGCCUAUGAGACACUAGAGGCCCAAUUCAUAGGCACAUGCCACUUUCAAAGAUACCACUUUGCCAACAACAUUGUGUGUUUGGAGUGUGAUUAGGAAAUUGUUGUAAAGCCACUAAAAGCUUGGCACAAGAAAUGCUUGAUGAAUUCAGCCCUGAACACCAAAUUGCAUAGGACCAUCCUUUAGUUUUGUGUAGUUAUAAAUCUGUAUUUGGAGCUAUUAGAGGUAGACAAAUUUACACCUGCUGAAGAGCUGUCCACCAAGAGAGUUUUCUGAAAAUGUAAAGCUUUCCAGUGUACAUAUGUGCAACUCCUCUUGAUGUUACAGAUAUCUCUGUAACUGAGGGGACAAUUAAUUUUUAAAAUGACUACCAAUAGAUCUCCACCAAAAGCCAAAGGAGAGGCACAGUAUGUUCAAAUACUUAUUGUCCAGACAAAUGAUACAAUUCAAACACAUGUUGAGCAUUUAAGGUCACAUGGUUGGUAGAAGUUAUGUAUUUUAUUUGAAAAUUAGAAUAUAUAUUUUAAAAUCUGUGUACUCUUGAUUACACAGUUUGGAUUCACUUGCAAAGUGAUCUGCAUCUAUUUAAGUUUAUGCCUAGAAGUAAACGCAACUGCAUUUGAAAUGCCUCAAAAUUGUUUUGGGUUUUUUUGUCUGAACAAUAAAUGUUUGCAUUUACUUAGCUGAUCAAUAGUUCUCUUCAUGUUUUCUAUUUGUAAUCUUCAGGCCUGCAAAACUCAUUACUCCAUUAAGAUAGAAAACUUAACCUGGGACAAUUCAUUGGCUAAAAAUGUCAAUUUAAAACAAACAAAAAAAUGCUGGGAAAUACUAUCCUUUUGGUUGCAUUUAAAUAAGGAACUUCCAGAUCCUUGCAUUCAGUUUGGUUCUAAUUUUGUCAAUAUUUUAAGCAUUCAGUAAGUUCUUAAGGAAAACUUCACAAAGUCAAUAGAUGACUCAUGCUGGGUUUUUCCCUCCCAGCUCAAGUAGUUGAAAACUACACUUUCAGUGUUCUGCCUAGUGUUGGCCUAGGAAAAGGGGUAUCAUAGCUUUAUGCUGAGGUCGUAUUGGGCUGACAUGGCCAGUACAAAGGAGAAAUAGGGAGGGAAUAAUGUUUUGCACCUUAUAGAAAAGAGGAGGAAAUUUUAAGUGCAUACAGACAUAGGUAAGAGCUUUUAUUGUGACAGGAGAACUUUUUCCAUAUGCGUGCAUACUCUCUGUAAUUCCAGUGUAAAAUAUUGUACUUGCACUAGCUUUUUUAAAACAAAUAUUAAAAAAAAUGGAAGAAUUCAUAUUCUAUUUUCUAAUCGUGGUGUGUCUAUUUGUAGGAUACACUCGCGUCUGUUUAUUGAAUUUUAUGGUCCCUUUCUUUGAUGGUGCUUGCAGGUUUUCUAGGUAGAAAUUAUUUCAUUAUUAUAAUAAAACAAUGUUUGAUUCAAAAUUUGAACAAAAUUGUUUUAAAGAAAUUGUCUGUAUACCAGUACAAGUUUAUUGUUUCAGUAUACUCGUACUAAUAAAAUAACAGUGCCAAUUGCAA